AUGGAAAAGCUGAAAAACGCAUUCUCAUCCACAACCUCAGUUACGUCCAAAUUGUCCAAAGCGUUCAAAUUCAACGGUGAACAUAAUAUACUGAAAAGGACGAAUACUGCAUUAGGGAGUGGUAGAAAUCCGUUUUUAGAUGGACCUGUUUUGGAAGAUCCCUCAUUACCGAAAGCACAUUUGAUCAUCCAUGUGACAUCCACAUUCUUCACUUUCUUGGCGAUAUGUACUAUGGGUGCAGUAGCUGGAUUUCAAUCAAAAUGGUUCAAAGUUUCUGGAGGAACGGGAUUCGUUCUGUUUCUAUUGCUGUUAUCAUUCAUCUUGUCAUCCUUUUUGAUGGUCGUACCUAUCAUUUACGACAGAUGGGAUAAACUUAGAAGACCCGCUCAGUUCCUUGGUCAAACUAGAUCAACUUUUAUCUUACAUGCCUUUGGUACUUUCAUCAUGUUACUAUCAGCCUUCAUUGUAACUAUAAGUGCUUGGACCGAAAAAGGUUGUAAAAACGCAGAUGAUGAUCCACACGCCGAUUUGGGAGAUACUUUCAAAGAUGAUUUGAAAGAUUGGUGUACUACCAAAAAAGCAUCUGCUGUCUUCGAUUGGUUGUCAUUUGCCGCCUGGGCAGUUUUGUUGGUUUUGACUACUCUUGUUUUCCGAAGAGAAAGACGUGAGAAUAGAAGACGUGAACCUACUUUCAUACCACCUGAAUCGACCGGAGUGUCAUAUUCCAAUAUCCUAGCUGAAGACGAUGAGAGAUAUGCGGAUAAAGGUGAAUCUGGAACUGGAGCUGGGAUUCGACCAGGACAUAUAAGAUCCGAAUCAACAUUCUCCAAUAAUCCCAAUACUGGUGGAUAUGGGUAUUCUGCACCAAUUCAAGAUAACGCUGUGGGUAACGGGAAUGGUCAUGGGGCAUUAGGUAGACCUAGUGUCGAUGCCUAUGGUGCAUUUGAUGGUGAUAUGCCAGGCGGACAACAUCCCUCAUCGCUUGGAAUAGAUAAUGGUCAAAGUAGGACUAUGCAAUUGGCGUAUAACGAUCCAUACGCUCAAAUCAGAGCUUCUUUAAUGAAUACGCCAACACCCUCACAAACGGGAUACGCUCAGCCUCAACAACAUAAUCAACCUUUGUAUGGUAACGGUGGAUUACCAAAUCCUCCUUCUUAUGGGGGGUAUCAACGAUGA